CUAUUCCUCCGUGAUAACAAUAGACUAAUUGCUCCUGCUUGCUUGUUUGCAAAGCAUCCCACCAACGCCAACCGGAAACAAAAAUGCAGAGCUUCGGCGAAUUGCCAUGCUCUGCGUUGCUAGCAAAAGUGACCAAAAUCCGCUUCCAGUACGCGAAUCUCCCCUGCCCAUAUCCUUUGACUCCAUCCGAAGCAAGUACGCCUGUUGAGAAGAAGAAAAAGAAAAAUCAACAAACCAAAAAAGCCAUGACCUGAAACAAAACGCCCAAACAGCUUCCAACAUGAAAAAGCAAACUCCCAAGAUAAUGCCAUGCCACGGUGGGGCAAACAGGCCGCUCAGGAACCUCGAGGGCUUAGCGCCAUAUGCAGGUGUUGUGCAUCG